AUGUCCUCCUCCGCCGCCACCGCCGCCCCCGAAAAACCGGAUGGGCCAUCGUACAGAGCUAUACGUGCACAAUAUGCCGGCAAGGAUAUCAUUUACCCAGCUUAUUUCCCGAAGGGUCCGCAGUUACAUGAUCAAAUCAAACUCGGUGACCCCUUGACCAAAGACAAUGCAUUUCUUGCACGUCGGCUCUGGCAAGGACCUGACACUGACCUUGGAAAUGCCUGGAAAGCACACACGGACCGACCAUAUGAGCGGGCCCAGGAUGACAUCCUUGACAUGCAUGUGCUGGCACACAAUGUCUAUGAACAUCUGAUGAGCAACCCGUUUCUUCCACUCUCGCGCGAGGCUGCCCUUGCCAAUUGGAACAUUGAAGGGCUCAACGUGACCUAUGAUGGUGUUCAAGGCCUGGAUGGACUACGACAAAACAUUUUUGUGAAUGGUCUCAACGUUCAAACCCCAGAGGCUUGGACUAUCCAAACGCUCAAAGCAGAACUCGUUGCUAGGGGUCUUCCUGUAGCUGGUCACAAGGCCCAGCUCCAAGAACGGCUUUUGAACUUUGAACUCGAUAGAAAGAUUGGACUUAUGAGUCAAAGCGACCUGGGCCACUGGGGCAUCAAUCGUGAGAAGACGCCCGUGAUUUCACCGGCCAGGAAUACGGCCUUGUCAGCACUUGAUAUGUAUACCGCAGCGGUAAACCUGAGUCCAUACAAUCCCACUUACUGGACAAGCCGCGCAUACUGCCAUUACAUGCAGGGCUUCUUCGACCUGGCCAUAGGAGACGCCUACCGCGCCCAACUUCUAUGUGAAGUGUUGACGACAGCCCUCAAAAGGAACCAACGUCCAGGGCUCUACACCCGGGUUUGGGAUGCCAUUCAAAUGCAUCUGAUGGCUGGGUGUACAGAUGAAAAUAUACCCAGUGAAGUUCGGCGAAUGAGGGGUCCCAACGGUGUCAACUAUUUCAUCCCGACAUUGAGAAACGCAAUUCACAAUAUCAUCAGUCUAAGUCUUGUGGCAAUGAACUGCUGGGAUGACUUCCUUGCUCACAUGGAGGAGCACCGCAACAGGGUUCUCUCCCACCGCGAUGCGGAAAUCCCUAACCAGCGCCAGAUAGCUGUCAUGCCUAUCAUAGACGACAUGAAAAGCCGGAGACUUAAGCCUUCAGCGGACAAUCCUCCUCUUUAUGGACACGAAUGGGUCCGAGGAUGCGUCUCUGGCGAGGCUCGAUAUCCUUAUGAACAAACAGAUGUGAAUCGUGAGGCUGCACCUUUCAUCGCAGCGCUAAACAGAAAUGUCUUCACCUUCAGCAGAGAUGCCGGAUUGGCAGCACGCCCGUGCGAGGUGAGACCAGUGGUCCACUCAGAUGGGACUUCCAAUGGGCUGGGAGUCUUCGCUGUUGACAACAUCGCGGCAGGAACAGUCAUCUAUGAUGAAGAGCCUGUCAUUCGUGGAAACCUUACACCCAAUCUUUUGGAUCAGGGCCAUUCCAUCACCUCGAGCGUUUGGCCUCACUGUGAUAACUGUGGCCUGCAAAUUCCACAGGACCAAGUAGCGCACUUUACUAGGAAUUGGGAGUUCAUCACAAACCCAGAAAUGGAUACCGAGCUUCAACAUCCCCUCCCUUGUCCAUGCUCGAGCCAGAUAAAUACGAUGAAAACUUGCAUUCGACACGAUGGCCUACCUGCUCCAUUCUUCUGUGCUGGUAACCAACUGAAGAACCGGGGAAGCGCUGAUUCAUGCUUGACAAUUGCGACUCGGUUGUUUGCAUUCUCAGAAUUCAAGGAUAUUGAAUGGCGCUGGCUACACGAUGCUAUGAGAGCCAACAUCACAACGCACGAAGGUCAAGAUUACUUCGAAUCUCAUCAUGAGAAGCAGGGGACUGUACUAAGUCUAUUGCUGAAAAGCGUGCUUGAGAUAACGCUGCACCGCCGUGAGCAAGAUCCCAAUCUUCUCGCACACGAGAUAAACGAGCUAUUGAUGCUCGAGAGCGGCGCUGAUGCUAAUGAACCAUGGAGCCGGAGCUGGUUCCCCUUCACCAUGUCUGGCAACAUCCGCGUACCUUUCGACAUUCUUUCUGCGCUUGGGGUGGACAUCUUCCGUGAUCUUUCAUUUGACACAUGGGUUCUUCAGAUCGUGCUUCGGAAACUGCACAUCAAUGCCGUGCCUUGGGACCUUGAACGGCGGUCUAAUCAUGAAAUGUUUACCGCGAACGAUGGACUGAAGGAAGCACCCCCAGCAAAAGCACAGGAAGACAUGAAGAAAGAGACCAAUGACUUCAAUUUCUUACUGCCAUCCCUUAGAAAUCUCUACUUGUUUCCUGGACUGAGUAUGUUCAAUCAUACUUGUCGUCAAAGUGAGAAUGCAACCUGGGGAUUUGAUUCUACCGUUCCAAAUCGAGUAGUUGUUUACGCAACACAAAAUAUCGCUGCGAAUGACGAGAUUCGUAUUCCUUAUCUGAAUCUUGGUUUUCCUGGUGCAGCCGACGGUACGGAGCUCAGAGAGGCCGUAAGACUCUUUGGAAAGAACUGCAGCUGUGUCCAAUGUGUGCCGCUAGCUGGAGCAGGAGCAGGACCUGGACCUGGACCUGGACCUGGAUUUGGACCUGGAUUUGGACCUGGAUUUGGACCUGGAUUUGGACCUGGAUUUGGAGCAGGCGGUGGACCUGGAGCUGGGGCUGGACCUGUAGCUGGGGUUGGACCUGGAGCUGGAGCUGGCGGUGGACCUGGACCUGGACCUGGAUUUGGAUUUGGAGCAGGCGGUGGACCUGGAGCUGGAGCUGGCGGUGGAUUUGGAGCAGGGGCUGGACCUGUAGCUGGGGCUGGAGCAGGAUUUGGAGCCGGUAUAAAACCUGGUGUUGGAGGUGCACUAGGCGGAGGCGGCGAUGGGGCUGCAAGUGAUAUCCCGGGUGGUGAUGGUUCAGCAAUCAUGGAAAUAUCCUCAGAAUCUCAAGACAAGGAAAUGGGAGAGGCAGAGGAAAGAAAGAGCGAGGAUGUGAAUAUGGAAGAGGCUUGA